AGGAUGUUGAAAAAGGAUUAAGCCGGCCGCUACGUGUCGGCGGAAGAGUCCGUGAACCGUCGUCAUAUGAUUGCGUCAUUCAUCAUCGGUGAAUCGGUGAGUCACCCUCUCUCUCUCUCUCUCUCUCUUUAUCGACUCCACAAAAUUUCAUCCAAUCAAUAAUCUUUCUCGCUCUUCUCGUAGCGGCAGCAGGAAACUGGGAUUUAGUUCUUGAAGUGGUUUGAAGACUAUGCUACCAACACCAAAAGCUGCAAACCCGGUGGAAGCCAACCCACAUAACAUUGCUCAGCCUUCCAAUGAGCCUUGGUGGAAAAGCAGUGCCGGCCUCAAUUGCGUGAUGCAGCAGCAGGUGGACGAUGCCUCUGAUUCAUCUUCGUCUUCUUUGGAGCAAUCUGUGGAAGAUCAAUCACAAUCCGAUGUGGGAGUCAAUCACGAAGGAGAUAACGCUAACGACAAAUCAGAAAAGACUGCACCUUCAGGUCAAGAAGGAAACAGGGAACAAGCAAAUCAGCGAGUGGCACCACUCGUGCCUGGAGGAAGUGAGGAGCCCCUUGCGCAGCCGCCACAACAGCUUGAACUUGUUGGACAUUCAAUUGCUUGUGCUCCAACUCCAUACCUUAACCCAUAUUUUGGGCAAAUGGUAGCUGCUUAUGGUCAACCCUUGGUACCUGCUCCUGAAAUGGUGGAUAUGAGCCAUAUGAGGAUGCCAUUGCCACUCGAAAUGACUCAAGAACCCGUCUACGUGAAUGCCAAACAGUACCACGGAAUCCUUCGCAGACGAGAGUCCCGUGCCAAAGCUGAACUUCAGAAGAAGCUCAUCAAAGUUAGAAAGCCAUAUCUCCAUGAAUCCAGACACCAGCAUGCUCUGAGGAGGGCUAGGGGGACUGGGGGCAGAUUCGUCAAGAAGUCCGAUUCCCCCGCCAACGCUUCUUCAUCUGAUCAGGCAGGUUGCAGCGCGCCUCUCUCCCGCUGCUCCCUCUCCCCUCCACCAUCAUCAUCUUCUCCAGAGGCGCCUCAGCUUCAGUACGGGAGAGCCCUGAGUUGCGCCCGCGAGUCAAAAUAUGGCGUGCGUUCCACCAAGUCCUCAGGCGGCGGCUCAGCCCUCUAACCAGGUGGCGGCAAAUCAUUCCUGGCUUUUCAACAAUCUUCUCUUAUGAUCACAGUGAAUUUAAGUGGCGUUUGUGUACUAUGAUGAAUGGCUGUGUGUUUUUCUUAUUAGCUUAGCAUGUGUGUGUGUGUGUGUAUAUAUUCCCUCCAUUCCCAUUUAGCUCGCGACUUUUGUGAUACAUUAAAAUUGGACGAAUACGAACGUACUGUAUGUCUACAUUUAUUCAUUUUUCAAUGUAUCAAGAAAGGUAUAAUCGUUAGAUAAAAAAGAAUGGAAUGAAUA